ACACGCCGAUCCACCGCCACCUGGAGCGAUACUGCUAGCUACGACCAUGGACGCCAACGCCGAUGCCCGCUCCUCGUCCUCGCCCAUGCACAUCGUCAUCUUCCCGUGGCUCGCGUUCGGGCACAUGAUCCCCUUGCUGGAGCUUGCAGAGCGCCUGGUGGCGCGCGGCCACCGCGUCUCCUUCGUCUCCACGCCGCGCAACCUCAGCCGGCUCCGGCCGGUCGUCGGCGUCCACUUCGUCGCCCUGCCGCUGCCCCGCGUGGACGGCCUCCCGGAGGGAGCCGAGGCCACCUCCGACCUCCCGCCCAGUCCCGGCAACCUGGCCGAGCUUCUACUCAAGGCCGCCGACGGCCUCGUCGGCCCAUUCUCCGCCUUCCUCGACGAGGGCAAGAAGCCAGAUUGGUAUAAUUGA